AUGCGUCUCACCUCCUGGCCAAAGAAGGGCCUGGACUGGUCUUCGCCGGACGAGCUGACGGCGCUUCAAACGCGCAUCAAGAGCAUGACUGUCAAGAACAUCAAGCUUGUCAAUGUGAUCCAGGUGAUGCUUAUUCGCCGGAUCCUUUCGUGCCAAUGCCGGAUAUGCCAUCUGUGGGAGUACGAUCCGGCCAAGCACCAGACUUUGCCGCAGUUCUUCGGCUCUACGCACGAAGAAAUCUGGAAGGUGCUAUUCAAGUCCAGCGAGACGUGUCCGAACACCGCCGAGGACCGUGGGCACAACUUGGCCCAUCCUGCUAGUCCGUCCGGCUUGAACCUCGAGCGAUCCUCAUCUUCAGGGGAUUCACUAGACCCGGAGGUGAUGGACAGCGGCACCCUUCCGGCCGCCUCCUCUCCCAAGGCCAUGGAUAACACCAAUGCAUCGUUACUGGCUGCAACCUCUCAUGCUGCUGAGGUCUCCGGACUGAAGCAGAGUCUGGAGAGGACCGAGGAAGAGCCCGGCCGCGUGAAGAAACAGCUGGAGGGUAACCAAGGGUGCGCCAUCUACAGCGACCGCUUCAUCCCCAGCCACACCGGAUCCAACCUCGCGCUCUUCGACCUCGCCCCGGCCCCCUCCUCCUCUGCCUAUGGAUCUGCCGCUCCCCCCUCACCCUACUGCGCGCUCCUCCGCGCGGCGCUCUUCGGGCCCGACACGCCCGACCGCCUCGCCUCCUCCGCCGGGGCCUCCUCCUCCUCCGCGGCGUCCCCCGUCGGCUCCCCCGCCGGCGGCAACAUAUUCCGCUUCAAGGCCGAGGUGCCGAGGAACGCCAAGUGGGUGCUCUUCGCCGGCGGGGACGACCAGGACCUGCUCUUCCCCGACAUCUUCACCCCCAAGGGCUCCGGCCCCAGGAAGAUCCCCAAGUCGCCCUACAAGGUGCUGGAUGCGCCCGCAUUGCAGGACGACUUCUACCUCAACCUCGUGGAUUGGUCUUCGCACAAUGUCCUCUCGGUCGGAUUGGGGAAUUGCGUCUACCUGUGGAAUGCAUGCAGCAGCAAGGUCACCAAGCUCUGCGAUUUGGGGACGGACGACACCGUUUGUUCCGUGAGUUGGGCGCAGCGUGGCACCCACCUGGCUGUAGGGACUAACCAAGGCACCGUCCAGAUAUGGGAUGCAACACGCUGUAAAAGAAUGAGAACCAUGGAAAGCCAUCGCAUGCGAGUAGGUGCUCUUGCAUGGAACUCUUCAUUGCUUUCUUCUGGCAGUCGUGACAAGAACAUCCUUCAUCAUGAUCUACACGGCCUUCUUGCAUCUGGUGGUGGAACUGCAGAUAGGUCCAUAAGAUUUUGGAAUACGACCACAAAUACACACUUGAGUUCCAUGGAUACAGGGAGUCAGGUCUGCAAUCUUGUGUGGUCAAAGAAUGUGAAUGAGCUUGUUAGCACACACGGAUACUCUCAGAAUCAGAUAAUAGUGUGGCGGUAUCCAACGAUGUCAAAGCUUGCCACGUUGACAGGACAUACAUUCAGAGUAUUAUAUUUAGCCAUCUCCCCUGAUGGACAGACAAUUGUUACUGGUGCUGGUGACGAGACGCUCCGGUUUUGGAACGUGUUUCCGUCUCCCAAGUCCCAGAGUUCUGACAGCUUAAGUAGCAUUGGAGCGACAUCAUUUGUUAGGAGCUACAUCCGGUGACUCGACGAAAUCGAGCUUGUAAGUUAUUGCGGCAAGUGCUGGUCGUCAUCAGCACCAUUCAAUUCCCACACGACCUCCUUCUGUCCAUCUGCCGCCGAAGCCAGCACCAUUUUAGAGAUUGCACGGCAGGGGAUGAUUGACUGGCUGGCUAGCGCGGAUCCGAUCCCCUCUCCCGCGCUGGAAGCAGCGCAUA